UAGCCACACUUGAUUCACCUUCCUCAGAGGCUCCGGUGUAAAGAUGGCCAGCUCCGAAUGGGAAGAAGUAAAGCGACUCGCCAAAGACUUUCAGAGAGCUCAGUUGACAACUGCUACUCAGAAGUUGUCGGAGAGGAACUGCAUUGAGAUUGUGAACAAACUGAUAGAGGACAAGAAGAUAGAGGUAAUCUAUACUCUGGAUGGCAAGGAGUAUCUGACACCAUCCCAGGUAGUGAAAGAAAUUCGAGAUGAACUCAUCAUUCAUGGAGGUAGAAUAAACCUAGUAGAACUCCAACAGAUACUGAACAUUGAUUUUAGCUACAUUGAGGCCAAAGCUAAUGAAGUAGUCAAGAAUGACCGUAAUGUGUUCUUGGUGCUUGGACAACUUAUAGACAAUGACUACCUUGAUCAUCUAGCAGAAGAAAUCAAUGACCAACUCCAAGAUGCCGGCCAGGUGUCCAUUGCAGAACUCACCAAGGCCAAUGAUGUCCCUGCUGAUUUCUUGACGGAGGCUAUUGAGCAGAGGAUGGGGCGGAUCAUUGAGGGUCAGAUGGAUGCCUAUGAUAGGGGUGUGAUCUUCACCCAAGCCUUCGUUGACAGGCACAGGGCGAGGAUACGAGGAAUCUUCAGUGCAAUCACCAAGCCAACUCAAGUCUCCAACAUAUUGAACCAAUACCACAUUCCUGAGAAGUUAUUUCACAGUAUUCUUGAAGGUCUUGAGAAGGAAAAGCGUUUGAAGGGCUCCCUCAUGGGUGGCAGACAGGAGAAGGCCUCGUACAUUCCUGAUAUCUUCACCAAGACACAGAAUGAUUGGGUCGACUCCUUCUACGCACAGAAUGGUUAUCUUGAAUUUGAUGCCUUGUCAAGACUUGGCAUCCCCGAUCCCAAGUCUUUUGCCAAGCGUCGUUUCAAGUCGGAGAAUCUGCUUAUCCUACAGUCUUGUUGCAUCGGCAAAGUUUUACAAGACCGUGUAGAGGCUAGCGUGGAGGAAGCAUUGUCGUCUGGUACAUGGAUAGAUGUCUUACCCCUCCUUCCGAGCUCCUUCACUUCGACUGACUGUGGCCAGAUCUUGCAUCACUGCCUCAAAGGAAACCGCCAGCUAGACGGCAAGGUCUUCUGCGAUACAAUCAUUUGUAGUCAUAAGUUCGUGGCUGAUUGCAAGGCACUCUUUGAUCCCAUCAUGAAAGUCAAAGCAAAAGAGGAUGCCAAGAGAGCACCAGACAUCUUGAUGCAGGCUGACAAGAAACCUUCGGGGGGAUCGGAUGCUAAAAGAGAUCGCAAAGAAGAGAGGAGAAAAAAGGCGGCAGGUGUUGGUGGGGGUGGUAGUGCUAAGGGCGGCGUAGGAGGGCAGGCCAGAGAGGUCAAAACGAAGAAGGUCAAGAAAGGACGAGGGAAAGAAGUUGAAGAGGAUGAUGAUGAAGAUACGCAGAGAGGGUCCAGAGUAUCGGCCUCUGAGUUCCCGUUCAUGACGCUGGAGGAGAUGGAAGAAAUGUUGAGUGAGAAACUGGAUGAAUGUCCAGUAGAGCUUCAUGCGGAACUUGCUGAGGAACUCUUCAGGCCUCUAACUCGUGCCUACCAGGAUGUUGUGAAAGUGGCAUUCCAGAUGAUGGCCGGAGGAAGCGCUGCCACCAGGAGAAAGACGAGAGAUGAUCUUCAAGACGGGAUCAAUGCCUUUUGGAAUAACAUCAGACAGUUCAUCAAGGGGGUCAAGCAGUGCUCAGGAGAUGAGGAACUUGAAGGCCAGCUAUCCCGCUAUCUCCUGCGAUCACUCUGCUCCGAUGUGACCAACAUGCUAUGUUGUGCUGUAGCUGAACCAGCCAUAGCAACAGAUCCUCUCACGCUCACACCAGAGAUGCGAUCAAACAUCAUCAGCAAGCUUCCAGAUAAGAUAAAGACAGUCAUGUCAAAACUAAAUAGCUCCCUCAGUGGUAAGGAUCUAGAUGAAUUUGUGGAGAACCUAGAGCAGUCGUGUGACCCUUCCGUCUGUGACAUCAUGCUCAAGAAACCAGACAAAAAGAAAGACAGGCAAGCGGUGUUCCAUCAUCGACAAGCCCUGUGCGAGCAGCUGAGGAACGAAACUGAUUCCGCCUUGGCCCUUCAUCUUACCAUCACCGUUGCCUUCCAAAACCACACCCAAUGCAUGCUCCAUGCACCAGGAAGAUGCGUACCUCAGCUGAUCACAUUCCUCAGUAAACACCUCACUGCUGACCAACACGCCCUCUUAGUCCAAUACCAAGACCUGGUCCAAAAAAACAUGGCUCACAUCCGAGAGCAGGAUCAAAAGAACAGCGCACCUUCAGGCGAGGAGGAGGGGGAUAAGACGAGUGCAGUGGAUGAGGAGAGUAAAAUUAAGACCCAACUCCAGGAUUUGCUGAAUAAGAUCAAGGACGUAGCUCUGGUGAAGAAAGGAUCAGCUGCUAAUCAUGAGGAUUAAACCCUAGGAUUGAACCCUUUAAUACAUUUUCAGUUAUGUUUUCGUGUUAUAUUUCGUUAGAUCCCAGAAUAUCCAUAGAUAUGAAAAUUAUUAUGAAAAUUUCUUUAAUAGAUCAUAUCCAUCCCAUGUGCCGAAAAACUAUGUAUUGUUAGAUUAUUUGUUUUUAUUUUUAGAUAAAUUUCUUGAAAUUCAGCUUGUCACCUCAUGGUAAUCCAUAAUAUCUUUACCUAGUGUAAUGCAACUGCAUUAUGUAUUGAUUAAAGACCAAACCUCAACGAUAGUAUAUUCUAUGUUGGACUGAAUAUCAAAUAUGACACCAAAUAAUUAUAUUCCGCCCUUUCCAAUCAAUUCCAAUGAAUUCCUGUUUAUGUAGAGUAUUUAAGGGGAAGGGGCCAACUGAACUACGCUGUGUGAUGACCAACAUUGCAGCAUCAGUGCAUUGAAUAGUGAAUUAGUGUGUUGCCAUUCAAAUGGGUCUAUAUUACAAGACUACACUGCUAGUAUUCGUUCUGAACGAAGGCUGCUGGAUUGUAUAUGCUUUAAAAGCAGAUACGAACUAAUAGCGCCAUCUCAAGUCCUCAACUACUCAUACCUGUCCAGUUUCCUGACCCAUAAUGCUAGAGUAGUCUAGUAAUACAGACCCACUUGAA